AUGUCAAUUCAUAGUUCAGUUAGUGGUAUAUCGCGUAAUGAAGAGCAACGUCAACAGAUGUAUGAAAAUAUAGUUUGCGCGGUUACUGGAGUUGCUUGUAUUUUGAAAGAUGACAAUAUCACCACAUUCUCAGUAUCUAUGCUUGGUCAGCGUCUUCAUAAUCAUACACCAGCAUUGGAUACGCUUAUUCUUGAAAAAUUUGUUGAUGUCGCAUUAGUUUCACCGGAAAAAGUCUUUUCUGAAAUUGUUCAAAAGUUUGAAGAUAUUAGUCGUCAGUCACUGUCGCCAGAAAAUAAGAUGGUUACUACGGCUGUUCUUAAGUGUCAAUUAGAUUUAGCAAGUAGGCUAAACUCUCGACCGGAGUUUUAUGGUCUUUAUUUGCUAAGGAUUUUGUCGUUAUUCGUAGAAAAAGGAGUUGUGAUCCAACAGACUGUUGAGAAAAACGGUAGACUUCAGGUUACUUCACUGGCGGGUGAAAUUGGGAUUUUGCUUCCUGUUCUUAAAACUCUCUUGUCUCAUGAUGAUUUUAAAGCUCAUAUGAAUGCCUCUGAAGAAUUAGUCUCACUUUUUCGAAACCUUUGGUUCCACUGCGUAUUAUAUGGAUUUGUAUCAGAAGAGACUUGGAUGCGCGAGUGGAGAGAUUCAUUAGUAGUUAUAGCUCAAAAGACCCCGCCACUUGUGCAAGAAUCUACGAAUUAUCUUGAGAGCGACUUAGAAUUUAAUUCGGUAUUACGUAGAGGUAAUUCUGAUCAGGAUCUUGCCAAUGUUAGAUCCUCAUUAUCUUCUUUCCUACCUAAUCGUGCCUCUGAAAUAAAAUAUUUUUCUUUUGCCGAAAUAACAUUCUUACUCUCUGUGUAUCACAUUGAGAUAAUGAGAAGUCAAAUGGGGCAAUGUUCUUUUAUCUUAAGAUACUUUGUUAAUCAGGGCAUAAAUGCUAGUAAACUAGUUGGCUGUAUGGAAGAAAUUGGCAAUCAGGUGAUUGAAGUUUUCAUCAAAGAAUGCUCUAAAAGAGCUAUUGCACAUACUAUAAACGAAAACCUUCGAAAUCAAGUACAUGACCUUAUGAUUGCUACUUGUCAUCGUCUUGGCAAAGUUAGUCAGUUGUCUAUAAAACAUCUUGAUAGUUUGAUGAGUGCAUUUCCUUCCUUGCUAUGUGAUAAAAAAUUAUUAUUUUUGUUAUUGGAGUUAAUUGAGUUAGUAUGGCAAAGUUGUGAAGCCGAAUACUUGAACGAGUAUUCGCCAGUAUACACGUUUACUUCACCAAAAGUCGGAGUUUCACUUGAUCUUACUGAUGAUUAUAAUUAUCGAAGAGAAAUUUUAUCAAGAUUAUGUGAAAAUUCCAAAAAAUGGUUAACAGUUGCGAUGUCACGUGCACCUUCAGAAAUUCGAGGAUUAUUAGAGAAUUAUCUGGCAGAAUUUGAUCCUUAUCAAUCAGAUAAUUCUGUUCAUAUGGGACGUUCAAUUGCAGUUGAGAUAGGAAAAGCAUUUUCUAAAGCCGAUUAUAAUUCGGUAAUAUUUCCUCGAGUACCAAGUGCAAUUAUCGAUAAUGUUUCGGAGUUUAUUAAAGAUUAUUCAACUAGACGACAAUUUUAUGGACAAGUUGCUGGAGCAAACCGCUGGCUAGCUUCCCUUAGUACUGAAGUUAAACUUUCUGAAGAAAUAAUUGCAGAUCAAAAACAAAGAAUAAAAGCAUGCUUAGCUCUCUUGGAAAAAAGAAUUCAUGAAGGCUCUCAUGUUUCCAUGAAAGAGUUAAAUAGUACGCUGCAUUUUGCAGCUGGCAUUUUGAUAUCCUCACCUAAGACAGACGAAGAAAUCAUUCAGUAUGUUGUAUGGAUUCCAAUUUAUAUUUUUACUCUUGAAUCGUUAAAGCUGGCUACUUCCAUAUGGACUUGGAUAAUAAAUGAAACCUCUGUAGUUGAGAAAAGGAUUAUGAUAGAAAUCGCGAAUGGAUGGAUUUGGACCAUAAGACAGCGAAAAGGAUUGUUCUCUUCUAUACUCAAUGUAAAAGAUCCUUUCGUGAAUAAAAUGCUAUAUGCACCUUCAGAUAAAGCCACCCGAGAUAAAGUUUACAAGUCAGCGAAAUCACUAUUUGGUCCUCAUUUAAUUUGGUUACAAUUUAUAUCUGGACGGUUUCAAGCAUUUAGAUAUCGAUGUACACAAUUGGUUGACCUCUAUCUUAGGUUUUUUCAAAUAACCCUUGAUGCUUCAGACCUUAUAAGCAAUCACUCUUUAUCGCGUGAAGGUAGACUGCAAAUUCUUAUGUGUGCACUUAAAAUUUUACAAUCGAAUCGCAUGGAAGCUUCAAUCGAGCAUAAAUUUCGUACGAAAAUAUUUAAUUCUGCUUUUUCCUGGUUUUCCUUACCCCCAAGAUGGGCCUAUGGUGGUAAUAAGAGAGCAAUGAUUACGGAGUAUAAACUUUUAAUUGAAGUUUAUAGAUUGGUUGAAAAUGAUAAAGUCGAAUUGAGUGAGGUUCUAUCUACUACACCUAAAAAAUAUUCUCAAUUUUCUCUGUCAAAUACUAUUUCGAUUGCAUUGUCAGAUAAAAACAGAGAAGAAAUAGUGAAUCAGACUACAAAAUCAAAAAAGUUACUGCUAUUGUUUCUUGAAAGUGAAAUAAGUAAUUUGGCAACUUGGAGUAAUCCAUUAAAUAUACCGGAUCCAAUUAAGGAAAAUUUUGUUUCUCUAGUAGAAAGUCGCUUAACCGAGGUAAAUGAUAGUUGGAAAAAUAAUGUUAGACAUGCUUGGUCAAUUUCUUCUCAGCUGGCAGUUCAAAUGGCAUUCAGGUUUAAACAACCAUUCGUUCAAAAUGAACUUCAUAAAUUAUUAGCAAAUAAUGCUAGUGAGGCUGUGCGGGUUGCAGAGGCCUUACCGUUGUUGCUUGGAGAUAAGCUAAAUCAAAAUGUGCUCUCUCAACUUAAGUACUUAUUAUAUUGGGCUCCUGUACCUCCAAUAACGGCAAUCACUUACUUUUCAUCUACGUACAAUGAUAAUUCCUUAAUCCUUCAAUACGCAAUGCGUGCUUUGGAAUGUCAUCCUGUCGAUAUUGUAUUUUUUUAUAUUCCCCAAAUUGUACAAGCAUUACGAUACGACAAAUGGGGAUAUGUAGAAAGGUUUAUAAUGGGUGCUGCCAAAAUUUCUCAGUUGUUUGCACAUCAGAUUAUAUGGAAUAUGAAUGCAAACAUGUAUAAAGAUGAUGAAUGCGCAAUACCUGAUUCGUUAAAGCCAACACUUGAUCGUAUUAUUAAACAUAUCGUCGAAUCCUUGUCCGGUGAAGAUAAAGCAUUUUACGAAAGAGAAUUUACUUUUUUUAAAAAUGUUACAUCGAUAUCUGGCAAAUUAAAACCUUAUAUCAAAAAAUCAAAACUUGAAAAGAAGCAAAAGAUUGAUGAGGAAAUGGCAAAAAUAAACGUAGAUGUUGGAGUUUAUUUACCAAGUAAUCCGGAGGGAACGGUAGUAGACAUAGACUACAAGUCAGGAAGACCAUUACAAAGUCACGCGAAGGCUCCUUUUAUGGCUACAUUUAAAAUUCGGAAAACCAUAUAUGAUUAUGAUUCUGAGGAGAUCAAAGAAACAUUAAUUCAAUCCGGUUCGAUUGACGGGUAUGACGAUGAGGAUGAGCCUAAGACUAUUGAUGUAUUUCAAUCAGCUAUCUUUAAAGUUGGUGAUGAUUGCCGACAAGAUGUUCUUGCCUUGCAAUUGAUUGCAAUUUUUAAGAAUAUUUUUACUAGUGUGGGAUUGGAUCUGUAUCUUUUCCCAUAUAGAGUAGUCGCAACAGCUCCAGGGUGUGGGAUGAUUGAUGUAAUUCCAAAUUCAAUUUCACGCGAUCAAUUAGGGCGCGAGAAAGUGAACAGUUUAUACGACUAUUUUGUCACAACAUAUGGAGGAGUAGAUUCUAUUUCGUUCCAAAAAGCAAGAAAUUGUUUUAUUCAAAGUGCUGCAGCAUACUCAGUCGUAUCUUUUCUCUUACAAAUUAAAGAUCGUCAUAAUGGUAACAUUAUGUUAGAUAAUGAAGGAUAUAUUAUUCAUAUUGAUUUUGGGUUUAUACUUGACAUCGCUCCUGGUGGAAUUACUUUUGAGAGUUCGCCAUUUAAACUUACUACCGAAAUGAUUCAAGUGAUGGGUGGAAGAGCUGAUGUACAACAAUUUAAAUGGUUUUCAGAAUUAUGCAUUAAAGCUUAUUUGGCAUCACGACCUUAUGCUGAACAAAUUAUUCAAUGCGUGGCUCUAAUGCUUGGCUCUGGGCUACCAUGCUUUAAAGGAGACACUUUGAAAAGAUUACGUGAUCGAUUUCAAUUGGAUAAAACCGAGCGUCAAGCGGCCGAUUUUAUGAUUGUAAAAAUUAAUCAAUCGUUUGAGAAUAAGAGGACGGUUCUAUAUGACAGUUUUCAGAAAGCAACCAAUGGUAAGUAA